AUGGCAAGCAUUCUGUCUCAUUGCCACGAUGGAGCAGUUGGAGGACACUAUGGCAGGAAUCGCACUGCAGCAAAGGUAAUGGAAGCCGGUUUCUUUUGGCCUACCUUGUACAAGUACGGGAGAGUAUAUGUAGCUUCAUGUGACAAGUGUCAAAGGGCAGGUAAUAUUAGCAAGAGGGACGAAAUAGCUCUCAACUCCAUUCUGGUAUGUAAAAUGUUUGACGUUUGGGGUAUUGACUUCAUGGGUCCGUUCCCAUCGUCACACUCUUAUGAGUAUAUCCUAGUAGCCGCUGACUACGUAUCUAAGUGGGUUGAAGCAAUCCCUACUAGGACCAAUGAUGCUCGGGUGGUGUGUGAAUUCUUAAGGAAAAACAUCUUUACCCUCUUUGUAACACCUAGAGUGAUUAUCCGUGACAAUAGGUCACACUUUGUGGACAAGCAGUUUGCUACACUGCUGUCCAAGUAUGGGGUCACACACAAAAUGGGAACCCUGUACCAUGCCCAAACUAGUGGGCAAGCCAAAGUGGCUAACCAUGAACUUAAACGAAUUCUCGAAAAGGUGGUUAGUGCUUCUCGUGAACACAGGUUGGCGCAGAUGAAUGCAUUGGAGGAGUUUAGGCUAGACGCAUAUGAAAAUGCCCGAAGUUUCAAGGAAAAGACUAAAAGGUGGAAUAAUCAUCUGAUUAAGCCAAAGGAGUUUCAUGAAGGGGACAGAGUCUUACUGUACAAUAGUAGACUCAGGUUAUUCUCCAAAAAAUUUAAGUCUAGAUGGACUGGACCGUAUGUGGUGAAACAUGAAUCACCAUAUGGGGCAAUUGAGAUCCAGAACAAGGACGGAACGGAAGGUUUCAAAGUACUAUGGCGCCAACCAAGAAACGAAAAACCACAAUUGCAUCCACAAGUGGUCACGCGGGAACAUCCCGGGCCUGAGCUUCGGCUUCUACUCGCCUGUAUAAUCAGAAUAAAUUUAUCUCUUGGGAAGCCCAAGAACGAUUCCAACAAAAGGCGCGACUUGAGUAUAUUCUUUGAAGAAACUGACGAAGCGAACUUAAUGGUUGUUCAGGAGUUUUAUGCAAACUGCCCGGAACAUGACGCCCAUGUCUGCACAGUCAUGAAGAAAAGAGUGGACUUCUCCAAAGAGGCCAUCUGA